AUGGCGGCAGAGUUACGAGUUCCCGACGGCCUUCCAGGCAAACGAGGCAUGACUCUCACAGUGCUAGGCUGUGGAACCCUCGGCAUUGCCAUCUUGUCCGGUAUAUUGUCGUCCUUGACCGAAGCCUCGAAUCUCUCUUCCCCGGCCUACCCUGCCUCGGGAAUUGCGACUCCUACUACUGAGUUGUCCAACAACAGCGUACCAGACACGUUCAUAGCAUGUGUACGGCGGCACGAAUCGGCCAAACGCGUCCGCCUUGCCGUGCAGGACUACAGACAUAGCGUGACGGUUCUACAGAAUGAGAACAUCAAGGGUGUGCAAGCGGCAGAUGUUGUCCUUCUAGGCUGCAAACCGUACAUGGUAGGCGACAUCCUGAAGGAAGAGGGCAUGAUAGAAGCGCUGGCUGGAAAGCUACUCAUCUCGGUCUGUGGCGGUGUGCCGAUUGAACGGAUGGGUCGUGCCCUCUACGGCGACGAAUACCCAGCCAACGCGCCGGAGAACGCGUGUAAACUGGUGAGGGCCAUGCCCAACACCGCUGCCGCCGUGCGCGAGAGCAUGACGGUCAUUGCGACCACCACGCCCCCCUUGCCCUCUGACCUCUCUGCCGUGGUCGAGUGGAUUUUCACCAGGAUAGGCCGCGUCGUCCACCUGCCGCCCAGCAUGAUGGACGUCUCUACCGCUCUCUGCGGCUCUGGUCCGGGGCUCCUGGCGCUCGUGAUGGAGAGUUUGGCGGAUGGCGCCGUGGCCAUGGGACUUCCACGGGCAGAGGCGCACCUAAUGGCCGCGCAGGCGAUGCGCGGGACGGCCGGCAUGGUGCUUGCAGGCGAGCAUCCGGCAUUGGUAAGGGAAAACGUGAGCACGCCGGGCGGAUGCACAAUUGGAGGCAUUCUGGUCUUGGAGGAGGGACGGGUCAGAGGUACUAUCGCGAGGAGUAUCAGAGAGGCUACAGGUAUUGCGACACAGUUAGGAAAGGGCCUGAGUGGCGUCAACGGCACUAGGUUUGAUGGACAAUAGAGAUAGAUCUAGAGUGCCGACUUUUAUGACAGGAAUCUGCUCAGAAGAUGCCAAGUUCUUGCAUGGAUACUUGAGGCGAAACAACACAACACUGCAUGGUUAUGCUUUUACGACGUGAUAAAUGUGAUUACAUGCCGGCAUUUGAGAGAAUACGGCGUUGGGAACCUUGGGAGAGGAUUAAUC